CACGCACGUAGUUGGAUGACGCGCGCGUGCGAACCCUAGGGCUAAUAUGCCACUACGGCAGAAUACGUGGCAUCGCGAGGACGCGGGCUGCGAUGGAGGGGGCAAAGCGAUGGCCCCACCUCGCGCGGUCGAACCGACGAGGCGAGGUAAACACGUCUGGGUCCGCGGCGAGGGCGCGUCCGGGACGACGACGAACGCUCAGCCACCUCGGCCGCAGAGAAAGAAGAAAGGGACGUGGGUGAGGGGCGAGGCGAGCACCGCGUCCGCUCCCCGAACCGCCGUGCGCGGUGGAGCGGUCGCGAAACCCAAAGGACCCGCGAGCCGUCGGGGAAGCGGCGCGCGGAUCGCGACAGCGAAGGCGAAGAAGCCCGCGCCCGUCGGCGGUCUCCUGUGCGGCCGGUUCCUUCGCACGGGGAAGUGCUCGCGGCGGUUCGCGACCGGGGCGUCGAGAUGCCAGCGCGCGCACGAUCCCGAUAAAGUCGCGGUGUGCACGAAGUGGCUCGCGGGCAAGUGCGACGACGACGGCGAGUGCACGCUGCAGCACCGCGCGGUGCCGGAACGGAUGCCCACGUGCAGCUAUUUCCUCGCCGGAGCGUGUUCGGCGCGCGAGUGCCCGUACCUUCACGUCAACGUCGACCCGGCGGCGCCGGUGUGUCAGGCAUUUCUGGACGGGUACUGUCCGAGGGGUUUGCAGUGUCGAAAUAAGCACACGAUGGUGUGUCCCAACGGCACCGCGUGUCCCAACCGAAAAGCGUGCCGAUUCCAUCAUCCGCGUCAGAGGGCAGAGGAAGGCGGGAAGGAGGACGAUGACGAAGACGAAUGAGGGCGACGCGGCGGCGGCGGCGGCGGCGACGACGACGGAUGGACGGUCGUGUUAUUUGUAUUAGAUAUUAGUAAUAGAUCUAGCUUACUCG